UUUAUCCGUUCCAUCCUCUCCGGCGCAGAGAGUGAAGGAGAGGUUCAUUCUAGAGAGAGAAGGAGAAACUCUAGAGAGAGAGAUUAUGGUGACCUUGGUCAUGAACUCUGCAACUCUUCUGCCAUUGUGCUCCCUAUCCUUAUCACCAUUAAAAUCACCUACAAUUACGAAAACCCAUGUUUCUCUCUCUACCCAGGCUCCUCACUCUAGGCCCCUCGCCAUGGCCAUGACUGGAAAGAGUACAUGGGAAGCUCCUGGCUUCGACCCAAAGGCUGGCGUUCCCAUAUACAAGCCCAAGUCGUAUGAGGUUCUCGUGUCUGAUGCUGCCAAUUCUCUGGCUUAUGCUCUCGAUGAUGGGAAAAAUCGCCUUGAAAUCGACUUCCCGCCAUUGCCCAGCAGCAUUUCCUCAUAUAAGGGAUCUUCAGAUGAAUUCAUCGACGCCAAUAUCCAGCUUUCGUUGGCUGUAGUUAGGAAGCUCAAUGAAAUGAAGGGAACCAGGGCUUGCAUUGUUUUCCCUGACAAACCAGAAAAGCGUCGGGCUUCUCAGCUCUUCAAAACAGCUCUUGAGACAGUGAAUGGUGUGACUAUUGGUAGUUUGGACGACGUACCAAGUGGCCCAGUGUCAACUUUCUUCAAAUCCAUAAGAAAUACAUUGGAUUUUGAUUUUGCCGCGGAUGAAGAAGGUCAAUGGAAGUCUGACGAGCCACCAUCGCUGUUUGUUUUCAUCAAUUGUAGUACGCAGGAUCUCUCUGUCAUUGAGAAGUAUGUGGAAAUGUUUGCUGCAUCUACGCCAGCUCUUCUUUUCAAUUUGGAACUGGACACCUUGCGAGCUGACUUGGGCCUUUUAGGUUUCCCCACCAAGGAUUUGCAUUACAGAUUCCUUUCUCAUUUCAUCCCUGUAUUCUAUAUUCGAAUUAGAGAUUACUCAAAGACAGUUGCAGUUGCACCUUACGUUUUAAACUAUAGCGGUGCCUUGUUUCGCCAAUAUCCAGGGCCUUGGCAGGUAAUGCUAAAACAAGCUGAUGGCUCUUUUAUUUGUAUUGCUGAAAGUUCAGAACGGUUCACAUUGGGUGAGACAAAGGAAGAACUUUUGAGAGUUCUAGGACUGAAAGAAGAGGAAGGAAGCUCCCUGGAAUUUCUGAGAAGAGGCUAUAAGACUGCAACUUGGUGGGAAGAAGACAACAAUCUUGAGAUUUCUUCUGCCUGGAGAAGUUGAGCCACCUGAGCUAAUUGUUGAAACUAAUGGAGAUGAGAGAUAUCAUUAUUCUAUCAGUUUCCACAGGUAAUUUUGAUAAUUAGUUUUUGUAGGUGAUCUCCAAUUUUUUUGUCCUUUCAGUUGUAAACAGAGGGUGUAAAUUGUGAUUAUUUUCUCCUCAAUCAAGUGUAUUGGCAUCUUUCAUGCCACUGUGUUCCAAAAUUUUGAUGUGGGGAAAAUGAAUACUCAUUGUAAAACAAUAAUAUUACAAGUUAAUGGAGAGAGUUGCCAUUCUUGUAAC